GGAUUUAACACAGAAGCUCACCAUUAUUGUACUGAAUGCACAAAAUAUUACUGCCAAAACUGUGUUUCAAAACAUAGCGAAUUAUAUCAGAAGCAUGCGAUGCUCGGCCGGAAGGACGUGAAGGAAUGGGAGGCUGCUCCAGGUGUGGUGGACGCCCUGGAGAGAUGCGAGUUGCACCCCGGGGAGGCCCUGAAGCUGGAAUGUGGUGACCAUGACCAGUUGUGUUGUCCUGUGUGCGUCGUCUUUGACCACAGACAUUGCUCCAAAAUCCAUCUCAUUCUAGAUGUAGCAAAAGGUUUUCAGAGAAAUAUUGAGUUUCAACAAAUUCCAAAGAAGAUAGUUGAACUUGAAAAGCAAUUCGAGCUGAUGAAAGAAGCAAGAAUGGAGAAUACGACAUCUCUGAAAAAGACGCGGGCAGCCAUUUCUGAUGAAUUAAAAACCAUACGUAAAAAGAUCAACGAAAUCCUUGACAAGAUUGAGAAGGCAACUUUACAGGACGGAAUAAUACCUAAAUUUGAAAAAAAAAUAUAG